GAGGUUCGAGACAACAUCGCCACCAUCUUCAAGCUCAUCGACACCGACGGCAGUGGCUCCAUCACCGUCGACGAGAUGAUCGGGGGGCUGCAGCGUCAGGGGAUUUUCCUGAGCAUGACGGCAGCCAAGGACCUGAUCGCGUCCAUGGACGUGGACGGGACGGGAGAGAUCGAGCUCAGCGAGUUC